AUGGCGUUCGCAAUUGCUACUCAGACACUAGCUCAUCAUUUCGCUUCUAUAAACAAAGACAAGAAGACUACACCGAUACCAAAUUCAAGUUCAAAUCCUUCAUGGAAACAACGUAAAAUGAUAUCAAAUCAUCCUGAUUCCGAUAUUGUACCUUCGGUAAUAUACGAUGCUAUUUCACCUAUUGACCAAACGCGUGGUAGAUCAACUGAAAGGAAAAUAAUACAUUCUUCUUCACCUUCUCCACCUGCGACUAGAAGAGCAUCAAAUUCAAGUAGUAUAAGUAUCAACGAUAAGUCAAUCGUAGAUUCAAAUAUAGUCACUGCACAUCAUCACCUGCCACCUACAACAGACGAAAUUUCAACAAAUCCAAUCUUAUAUUUACCUCCUUUACUUUCACCUUUACCUGAAUCGCAUAUUCAUCAUCAUCAUCAUCAUCAUCAUAAUCGUGGACAUGAUCAUCCCGAUCACCUUGGUAGAGACGAAGGUAAAGAGAAAGAUGAGACCACAAGAGUAUUAAUACAGGUUGUAGAAGCUUUAAAAGGAUUUGAAACUCGUUUACCUGAUAUCGAUCCUGCAAGUUUAGCAUUACAUCAAGCUUUACAUCAUUUCAAACCUUGGGAUGAAGAUUAUGCUUCAACUCCUUAUAAUGAAGCUUUUAAUUGGUCAUCUCUUACACUCCCCAAAGGUGUGGAAAGGGAUUGGUAUUGUGUCGUAUUCAGAUCAAGACGCAAACCUGAAUCAGCAAACUUAUCACUAUACAAAGCAGAUCGUGAAGCUCACGAAGAAGCUGUAAAGAACGGUGGUUUGGUAAUGUACUGGUAUGGUGUACCUGACCAUACAGGACUGAAUUUAGCUACUUGUAUUUGGCAAUCACGUCGACAUGCAAUUAAGGCUAUCUCGGGACCUAAACAUAUGAAAGCGAUGAAAGAGACUGAAGGUGCAUAUGAAACUUAUCAACUUGAACGAUGGGUGCUAAGUAAGAAAGCUGGUAAACGACAUUUGGAAUUGAAGAAAUGGGUCGGUGGUGAUGUUGGUUGGUAA